CGGCUCUGCCUGCGCACCGUCCACUCGGUGCUGGCCCGCACGCCCGAGCACCUGAUGCACGAGGUUCUCCUGGUGGACGACCGGAGCUGGGCGUCCAGCUGGAACGCUACGUGGCACAGCGGCUUGCCAACCAAGGUGCGGCUUCUGCGCCUGCACGAGCGUCAGGGCCUGAUCAAGGGCCGCCACUGGGGCGCCGAGCGCGCCGGCGGCCAGGUGCUCAUCUUCCUGGACUCGCAUGUGGAGCCCGGCCAGCAAUGGGUGGAGCCGCUGCUGCAGCGCAUCAAGGAGGAGCCGCGCGCGCUCGUGUGCCCGGCGAUCGACAACAUCCGGGACAAGGACUUGGCGUACGAGAGGGCGGAGCGCGUGGCCGGCGGGUUCGCCUGGUCCGGCCACUUCGAAUGGAUCGACGCAGGCGACGCCGACGGCCGGCCGCCAGCUGACGAGGCGGCGCCGGUCAGGUCGCCAGUGAUGUCCGGAUGCCUGUACGCCAUGAGCCGCCAGUACUUCUGGCAGCUGGGCGGCUACGACACCGGCAUGGACGUUUACGGCGGCGAGAACCUCGAGCUCUCGUUCAGGACGUGGCAGUGCGGCGGUGUGGUGGAGACGCUGCCGUGCUCGCGCGUCGGCCACAUCUUCCGUGACUUCCAUCCGUACACGUUCCCCUGGAGCGCCAACCCGCUGGCGGCCAACAUGGCGCGGAUCGCGGCCGUCUGGAUGGACGAGUACAGCCGCUACUUCCACCUCCACUACCGGCACACGCACCCCCCGGAGGCCGGUGACGUCACGUCACGUCUCGAGCUGCGGCGUCGGCUCGGCUGCCGCUCGUUCCGUUGGUACCUGGACAAC